GGGGAGUGGGUGAAAGGUGAAAGGUCGCACUGGUUGGUGGGAUCGAGCGGAGGGAAAAGCGAGUACGGGGGGGAGAGAGGCCUAGGCCCGGCGGGCUGACUGACUGACUGGCUGCCAUGGUGGGCACUGAGAGGAUUGAAUAAGAGUUUAAAAAACCCCCAGGGGGCCAUGUUUGUGCAGGAGGAGAAGAUUUUCGCCGGGAAGGUGAUAAGGCUCCAUAUCUGCACCAUGGAGGGGGCCGAGUGGCUGGAGGAGGUGACCGAGGAGACCAGCAUCGAGAAACUCAAGGAGCGCUGCUUGAAGCACUGUGUACAAGGAGGAUUAGAAGAUCCGAAGACAGUAACACAUCAUAAACUCCUUCAUGCUACUUCAGAGAGGGCGCUGUCAGACACGAAGACUGUCGUUGAGGAGAAUCUCCAGGACAAAGAUGUUUUAUUGUUAAUUAAAAAGCGAGCACCUGCGGCUCCUCCCAAGCUGGCUGAUGUGUCUGCUGAAGAAAAGAAGAAACAAGAGCAAAAGGCUCCAGAUAAAGAGGCCAUCAUGAAGGUGACAGCUCAACUCGUUGCUCGGCAAGCCGAUCGGAUGGUUACCCAGCACAACUUGCGAGAUUUUCAGACGGAACUCAGGAAAAUCCUUGUUUCCCUAAUAGAAGUGGCACAGAAGCUGCUAGCUUUAAAUCCAGAUGCUGUUGAACUAUUUAAAAAGGCAAAUGCAAUGUUGGAUGAGGAUGAGGAGGACCGAGUAGAUGAGGCAGCACUACGCCAGCUGACUGAGAUGGGCUUCCCCGAGAGUCGAGCAGUGAAAGCACUACGGCUGAAUCAUAUGUCUGUGACCCAGGCCAUGGAGUGGCUGAUUGAACACGCGGAGGACCCUACAAUUGACGCUCCACUACCUGGGGAUGGGACAGCUGGGGGGUCGGGAGCAGCUGCAAGGGACGCAAAGCCAGAAGCUGUCAAUGAAAUUGCCAAACAGGACGAGUUGACUGACAUCUUUAAGAAAAUUAGGCGGAAACGGGAAUUCAGACCAGAACCCAGAGCUAUGAUUGCUCUGAUGGAAAUGGGAUUCGAUGAAAAGGAAGUAAUAGACGCUUUGAGAGUCAACAAUAACCAACAAGAUGCUGCUUGUGAAUGGCUGCUGGGUGAUCGAAAGCCCUCCCCUGAAGAGUUAGAUAAGGGCAUCGACACUGAAAGUCCAUUAUUUCAGGCCAUUCUGGACAACCCUGUUGUACAGCUGGGACUGAUUAACCCUAAAACACUGCUUGCAUUUGAAGAUAUGCUGGAAAACCCCUUGAACAGCACUCAGUGGAUGAACGAUCCUGAGACGGGCCCUGUGAUGUUGCAGAUUUCUAGAAUCUUCCAGACUCUUAAUCGCACGUAGGGCAACUGCUUCGCUCUGACAGAGGUGCUUCCGGCUGCUCAUCUGCAGAACAGGGUGCCAUUUCCUGAGAAGAGCGUUUGUGGAUUAUUCACUAGUGGACCCUGUUUGUACUCGAUUAUGGGUAGCUUGCAACUACAUCCACUUAACUACUGUUGCCUUUGGAUCUAGUGCUUAACCAGCCUUGAUUUAAGGUUUUUAAUUUAAAGUAAAUGCUGUUAGUAAAUUGCACAGUUUGACACACAAAAGAGAACACUUAUAAAAAGAAAAAAGGAAUCCCGCUUUGCUGGGAGGGAAAGACAGCAAUUGUGUCUUAUGGCAUUUGGGCUUUUGUUUUGAGAACAGCCAAAGAAUAAAGGGUAAAAGAUGUGGCGCCCACUAAUUAACUGUUUACUAUUAUUUGACUGUGUCUCAAUUUUGGAACCCUGUACUUCUUUUCAAAAAAAGGAGACAAUGACAUUUUGGUAGACAAGUGAACUGUGCUGUUCCUUCAUAUGCACCAACAAACUUGCAAGAACUUUUAAUAUGAGGAACAGUAACACUCUUGGUUAUCAAGUUAGUUGUCCUCCUAUAAAAGCCUUAAAAUUAGCAGCUAUGUUGUGAAAAAGGCAGUUCUGCAAUGGAGCAGUGAUUGCAAAUAAAUGAUAAUACUUUAGGUAAAUAAGGCUACCUUUUCACGUCACUACGCAAGUUUGGGUUCUGUUUGCUGCACCCUACAACAUCAGUGUAAAAGACUUGGUGCCAAAUGGGUCUGUUUAAUAUGCAGAAUGCUCCUGUUGAUUGCUUUUAUUAAAAAAAGCUUUCUCACAGUAUUGAAAAGCAAUGUUUCUUUUGCAGUUUUGGAGUGAAGCCACUUUUCUCACUAUAAUAUCUUGGUGCUCAUUACCACUGUGUAUAAAGAAUCCAUAAAUGUUGAUUUUAUAGAAUGGUCUAUUUGCAGAUCUUGUAUAGAUAAAUUUUUACUUGUGACAACCCAGAUGUUCUAUGUACCAGCCUGUACUCUGCGAAAUGAGGGGAAAAUGAAAACCCAGAGACAUUGUGGGAUGAAGAAUUUGUCCACUUCCACCGGAAUCGAUCAUUGCCCUUAGCAAAUUAAGAAGUUUUACUUUACUGCAAUGGGUGAGAUACUGAAAUUGGCCUCACAGGUUUGAAUACUGGUGGAGUGCUCCGUGUAUUAAAAGGAAGUGAUUUGGUUGUUGAGAUUUGUCUUUCAGUGACAGAGUAUCUAAAAGCAGCAACAUUUUAAUAAAUGUAAUUGAGACUCUGUCAAAAUAAAGAAACCCGGAGGAAGAAGUGCUUUGGCCUUUGUACAGCGGAAUCGUAAGCUCGUCGUUCUUGCAAGAGUUGACGAUGCCGCUACAUGUGGAGACGAAAGCAAUUCUUCCCCUAUGGUGCUGGCAUGUGUUUUAUAAGUGUUCUCCUUUCUUAAAAGAAUUGUACUGAAACCAUCAGGGGCUGACUAUUUUAAAGGCUGCUGCCUACUUCACUGUAAUCGAAGCAUCUGGUGAAAGACUUUCGUGGGUUUGUACUAGCGUGUGAGACUAGCAAUGCUUUAAAAGACAAGGCCAAGCGGUGUGAAGGUUUUUUUGAGUAUUUAUUUUAGCUAAAAGAAUUGUCAAAAGUUUUGCAUUAAACUGAGAGAUGCCAGGCUUGAGACUAGCUGGCUGCUUUUUGAAA